GGUUACGUCAGAAUUCUCUGGUUCCGCCAUGUUUUGAGUGGAGUGGAGUUACAGGCGGUUUGGAAAUCCUCUGGUGUAGUUUUACGAUUAACUCUGAUACAUUGUCUUACAAAACGAGCCGUGUCAAGUGAGAUUUUAUUUGUUUUAAUCGUCGAAAUGUUUAACAGAAUGACAAGCCUGUGGAUGGGUGACUUAGACCCAUACAUGGAUGAAAACUUCAUCAAGCAAGCUUUCAGCACUAUGGGGGAGACAGCCUAUGGUGUUAAAAUUAUCACGCACCGAGUUACUGGAGGCUCUGCUGGAUAUUGCUUUGUGGAACUGGCAGAUGAAGCCAGUGUUGAUCGAUGUGUUCAGAGGCUCAAUGGGAAGCUGGUUCCAGGAUCAAAUCCUCCCAGGAAGUUCAAGCUGAAUUAUGCAACGUAUGGGAAAAGGCCUGAACCUGGACCUGAAUUUUCUGUUUUUGUUGGAGACCUCACACCAGAAGUGGAUGAUUAUCAGCUUCAUCAGUUCUUUGUGAAAAAAUACCCUUCUUGCAAAGGAGCCAAAGUUGUCACUGAUCCCUAUGGAAAUUCGAGGGGCUAUGGCUUUGUGAAGUUCAGUGAUGAAAGCGAGCAGAAGAAAGCCCUUGAGGAGUUUCAGAAUGCUACUGGCCUGGGAGGCAAGCCCAUCAGGAUUAGCAUUGCAGUCAACAAAAGCAACAAAUCAAACAACUACCAUAAUCAGAAUCACAAUUAUAACAGCAAUUACCAGCAGCAGUACUAUCAACAGCCAUACAGUAAUUACUAUCAGCACUGGGGCUACGAUCACUACAACAGUUACAAUUACGGAUAUAAUCCUUAUGCCACCCCUCCUCCGGUUCCUCAUGGGAUGAUGGGACCCCCUCCACCAAUGGGAAUGCCCCCAAUGCCUCCUGACAUGCAUGCAACCACAGAGCAAUCUCCUGAUGCCACUGAAGAGGUUGAAGAAGACAAUGAAGAUCUAAACCCACAGCUUGAUGUGGAAACACUGAAUAAGCAGUACAUGGAGCGUAGUGAGGAGCUCUACGAUUCACUCAUGAAUUGCCACUGGCAGCCCUUGGAUAGUGUCACAUCUGAAAUCUUCUCAGAAAACUCUUCCUGAUUGCCUGCAAUAAUCCUGGACCUACCUUUCUUGAAAUGAAAAUGCCUUUUUACGUAGUUCUUAACUUUUGAGAAAGUAUUCGCUUCUGAUCUGUUUUAUGUGGGACUUGCCAAGUAUUUCUCCUUAUGCUUUGUCUCUUGCUUUCUUUAACUGUGAAAUAAAGGUUUUUUUACUUUAAACCGCUUGUCUUUUAGAGAGUUAGGAAUUAAAGCUGAGCGUGACUGCAACUCUUACCUUUAAAAGGUUAUUACAUUUUAUUUUAAAAAUUAUAAUUUUUUUUAAUGUAGGCAUCUUGUACAUCAUAACUGAAUAAAGUUGAUGAACACAC